AUGAUCCCUUGUUGUAGUGGUCAUGCGUCAGCAGCUCGAGGCUCCAUUCCAUAUAAGCUCUCCAGUCCCCCCCCCGAUCAAACAGAUUGUGCUUUUCUAGCUUCCGAUCAACAUCGCCAAUCUAUCUAUCCGAACAUGGCAGAUCAAACCGAGAAGAUGAGCGGCGAGCCUUCCGUCGAGCGAGGUGAUACCCAGCUGCUUGCAACUCUGGGGUAUAAGCAGGAGCUACGACGCCAUUACUCGACAGUUCAGGUCUUCGCGAUUGCUUUCAGUAUCAUGGGACUGUUGCCGUCCAUCGCAUCAACCUUGUCGUUCUCUAUACCAGCUGGUCCUGUUGGCAUGGUUUGGGUAGGAUGGCUGGCGGCGAGUUUCUUUAUCUUCAUCGUUGGGCUAGCUAUGGCCGAUCUAGCGUCUGCGAUGCCUACCGCCGGUGGCCUUUACUUCUGGACACAUUACUUCAGCGGAGAGAAGUGGAAGAACCCUCUGAGCUUCGUGGUCGGGUAUAGCAACACCAUUGGACUCAUCGGAGGCGUGUGCUCUAUAGAUUAUGGAUUCGCUACCAUGCUGCUCGCAAUAGUCUCGAUAGCGCGCGAUGGCAACUGGUCCGCCUCUCGACCAGUUGUCUACGGUACCUACGUCGGCUGCGUAGUUGUCCACGGGCUAAUCGCAACCUUCUUCGCAAGGAUCAUGCCAAAGAUCCAGUCCGCCUGUAUAUUUACGAACAUCGGUCUGGUAAUCGCCACUGUCCUCGCCUUGCCCAUCGGCAAAGCGGUCAAUGGUGGAAGCAUCAACUCGGGCACAUACGUCUUUGGGCAAUUGGAGAAUCUCACCACAUGGCCGACAGGAUGGGCGUUUAUGCUCGCUUGGCUCUCGCCCAUUUGGACCAUCGGCGCCUUUGACUCUUGUGUCCACAUGAGUGAAGAGGCUACCAAUGCUGCGCGCGCAGUUCCACUUGGGAUUCUGUGGUCUUCCGGGCUUUGCGGAAUUCUGGGCUUUCUUUCGCUAGCUGUCAUUGCGGCAGUCAUAAACACGGAUCUGGAAGCAGUCAUGGGCACUGCUUUCGGGCAGCCGAUGGCUCAAAUAUACUAUGACUGCCUCGGAAAAUCCGGCGCGCUCGGCUUUAUGGCUAUAGUUGCCCUAGUCCAAUUCUUCAUGGGCCUAAGCUUGGUCGUCGCCGCCUCCCGCCAAAGCUGGGCCUUCUCCCGCGACGGCGCUCUUCCAUUUUCUUCUUACUUUCGCCAUGUCAGUAAACGCAUCCGCUACCAGCCCGUCCGAAUGGUCUGGGGCGUCGUGGCCGCGGCGGUGAUAAUCGGCCUCCUCUCACUCAUCAACGCCGCAGCUGCGAACGCACUCUUCUCACUCGCAGUCGCCGGAAACGAUCUUGCCUGGAUGAUGCCAAUCCUCUGCCGGCUGGUCUGGGGUGAGGAGCGGUUCCAUCCCGGCGUGUUCUACACCGGGAGGUUUAGCAAGCCUAUUGCUGUUACGGCGAUUGUGUAUUUGGGGUUUGCGAUUGUGCUUUGUAUGUUUCCGACGCUGGGACCAGGGCCGACGGCCGAGGAUAUGAAUUAUACCGUGGUCAUCAAUGGUGCGCUCUGGGGUGGUGCUUUGCUAUACUACGUUCUGUAUGCGCGAAAGACAUACAAGGGCCCGCAGACCACGGUGCAAUCGGCAUCGUCCUCUUCUACUCCGUCUGAGAUAAACCUAGGGACUGGGCGCUCUGAGAAGGUAGGGAUGUAG